CCUCGUUCCUUUCGUUCUUUCACGACCUCGACGACGAAGACAACGUUCACGAUGCGACGCCAACGACCCAAGUCACUCGUUGUCGAGAAGCAGGACAUGAACUCUUACGAAUCUAACUCGCCACGACCCUCGACCACUUCACGACAUAGCACCCACGAAUCCGCCGCGCCUUUGUCCCCCAGCGCACCGGCCGCGACGGGCGCGCCAGCGCCCUCCAUCCGCCUCCUCUUCUCCUCACUCUCCAGGAAAGACGUGCUCUGCCUCCUCCUCCCCGCCCUCCUCUCCUCGAUCGUCGCGGGUGGCGUCGCGCCUUUCAUGACCUACGUGAUCGGCCAGUCCUUCAACGCGUUCGCCCAGUUCCCCCUCACCCCCAGUCCCCCGCAAUCCGCCAAGGACGCCCUCCUGCACACCGUCGGCAUCAGCGCCCUCGAGCUCCUCGGCCUCGCAGUCGGCUCGAUCGCGCUCGGCAGCCUCACGUCCUGCCUCUGGAUAUGGACCGGCGAGCGCAACGUCCUCGGCUUCCGCCGUCGCGUCUACACCGCCGUUGCGCAUAAGCCCAUAGCCUGGUUCGACACCGCGGUCGCCCCGGGUGAGGGUGCGGGCGGCAUGAUGGCGACGUUCGCGCGGGAGACGGACGACGUGCGUGCCGCAUCGUCCCUCAGCUCCGGCUUGCUCGUCCAGCACCUCACGACGCUUGUCACCUGUCUGGGGCUAGCGUUCUCACGCUCGGCGGUCCUCACCCUUGUCACCCUGUCCUCCUUGCCCGUCCUCGUCUUCGUGCAAGCGAUUUCGCAGCGGUUCGCGGGGCCGAGGCUUGCUCAGACAUCUGCAUUGUCCUCCGCGCUUGCCACCACAGUCGAGCGUGCAGUCUCCUUCAUUACGACCGUCAAGGCCUUCACGGCAACCUCGUUCACAUUGAACGCGUUCUCAAAGACCCUCACUGCUCUUGGUGCUGCAUAUCGCGCUCUCAAUGCGACCUGGGGAAUGACGUCCGGCGUUUCUCAGUUCGUCAGCAUGUGUAUGUUCGUGCAAGCUUUCUGGUUCGGAUCUACCCUCGUUCGCCGUGGAAGCAUAGAGCCAGGCGAUGUGAUGGCAGUCUUCUGGGCCUGCCUCAUCGCAGCCAGUCAUGUGCAGAUGUGCAUCCCUCAGCUCAUCUCCUUGGCCAAAGGAAAGUUCGCUGCCGCGUCCUUGUUGGGUAUGAUCGCCGAUGAGCCCCCUGUGCCGCCAUCCAGAGAUUCUGGUUCCGUUCCAUCCACUCCUACCACUUUCGCUGUCGGCAAGAGCUUCACGAAGAUGCGUCCUGUCCGCCCACAGAAAUUCGACGGCCAGAUCCAGCUCUCGGACGUAUCGUUUGCCUACCCGGCGCGCUCCGAGGUGGCAGCGCUGCGGGACGUCAACAUGUUCCUGCCUGCUGGUGAUCUGACGUUUGUUGUCGGUGGCAGCGGCGCGGGCAAGUCCACCAUCGCCCAGCUCGUCAGCGGGAUGUACGACAAUUACUCCGGCAUCAUCUCAAUUGACGAUCAGGACGUCCGGUACCUUGACCAUGACUGGAUCCGGACCAACAUUGCGUGCGUCAGUCAGACCGAGGGUGUCGUGCUGGAAGGCAAGACGAUGUGGGAAAAUAUCUUGAUGGGCACUGGCUACGACUUGAGUGCGGAGAUUGCGAGCUUCGACGAAUUGCCUUCCCACACGCAAGCACUCGUCGUGGAGGCCACGACCAUCGCUCUUAUGCACAGCUUCAUCCUAGAUCUACCCGAAGGCUUUGACACGCCUCUGACGAGCAGCAGCCUGAGUGGUGGUCAGAAGCAGAGACUCGCUAUCGCACGCGCGAGGGUCAAGGACCCAGCAGUGCUCAUCCUGGACGAACCGACCUCCGCCCUGGACAUCACCUCGCGCGUCCUGGUCUUUGAGGCCAUCAAACGCUGGCGUUUACCCCACAGUGAGAGGGACACGCUUUACUCGCCGUCCACAGUCGCGUCCUCCAUGCACACUGCGCCCCGCAAGACGCGCACGACCAUCGUCGUCACGCACGACCUCUCGCACAUCGAGCUGGACGACUUCGUGUACGUGAUGCGCAAUGGCCGUGUGGCCGAGCAGGGCUUCCGCAAGGACCUGGAGGCGCGCAACAUCUCCACGGAGGCCCGCGACUCUCGCUCGGUCGUCGACGACGAGUUCGAUGGCGAUGGCGAGUUCCUCCGCUUGCGCGAAGCCCAGGCUGUCCAGUCACCCAAUGGCUCAGAGCCCGGCGCCGUCGACGAAGGUUGGGAACGCGCGAAAGAGGAGCUUGAGGACUCUGACGAGGAAGAGGAGGCAGCGCCUGCUGCAUGGCGUGCUCCCAAUGUGUUCAGCGGCGCGUUCGCCCGACCGGACUCCCUCGCGGCACCGAACCUCAGCAAGCGCCUGACGCGGCUGAAGACGAUGUCGAACGGCUGGAUGCUGGACGCCAUCGCCGAUAUCACAGCCGCUCCCGAGCGAGCAGAGGCGCCGCGCCAGGAGAAGGAGAGGGAGAAGAGAAAGACUACUACCUCGAAGCAUGCGACGUACACGGCUGCGCAAGCCGCACGUCGUCGUCCGAGCAUGCAUGUCUCGAUCCCCGUCUCUCCUCCGCCGGCAUACGAUCAGGUAGAGUACGGAUACCGCCGGCGUCGCAGUCUGCAAUUCACCCCUUCAUCGCCGACGUUCGUGAAGCCAACACACAGGACGAGCGGGGAGGUUAUUCUGGACGAGGACGAGAAGAGACGCAUGGAAGCGGCGUCCAGCGCGCCACGCCCAACUGCGCGUCCGGAUCGCCGCAACCGAAAUGCAGGCAGUGUCGACAUUCGCGUCGAAGGGACCGAGAAGGCGUCCGACGAACCACCGGCCCCUCGCCCACCAGGCUUGUUCGCGACUCUCAGGGCUGUUUACCCUGACGCCCCUUACAAGCCCCUCUUCCUCCUCGGUCUCUUCCUCUGCCUCGCUAACGGCGCCAUGACUCCCGUCUUCUCCUUCUUCCUCUCACGCCUCAUGUUCGAGGUCUCUACCGGUUCGACCGACGUCGGCCUCAUCAACCGCGUCGGCGGACUCGUUCUUGGCGUCACCUGUCUCGAUGGCUUGCUCAUGGGUACGAAGUACUUCCUCAUGGAGACGCUCGCCGGCCUGUGGGCCGACCGCAUGCGCGCAACCGCUUUCGCGAACGUGCUCGCGCAGGACAAGGCGUGGUUCGACCGCCCAGCGAACACGGUAUCGCGGAUCGUGCAGGUGCUGGUGAAGGACGCGGAGGAUGCGAAGCUGCUUCUGAGCACGGUGAUCGGGCAGAUGGUAGUGGUGACGGCGAUGUUCGGGAUUGGGCUGUUGUGGGCGCUGGCGCGCGGCUGGGAACUGACCCUCGCGGGCUUUGCCGUGGCGCCGGUGUUCAUGGGCGUAAUGGCGAUACAGACACGACUUGUAGGCGAGUGCGAGCGUCGCAACCGCCUCGCGCGCGAGCAGGUCAGCAAGGGAUACUACGAGACCAUCUCCAACAUCCGCGCUAUCCGGUCUAUGACCUACGACGAUAUCUUCCGCCAGCAAUUCGAGAAGGCAGCGGCGCAGGCGCUCAAGAGCGGUGUGCGCGGCGCGCUCACCGAAGGCUGCACGGGUGGCAUUGCUUCCGGUCUAAUCUACUUCGCGGAGGCGCUUCUGUUCUACAUUGGCGCCGUCCUCAUUGCCAACGGUCGCUACUCGUACUUGCGUAUGGUCGAGACGCUCAACCUGGUCGUAUUCACGGUCACCAUCGGCAGCCAGAUCAUGGCUUUCACUGCCAAGAUCAGCAAAGCCACUCAGGCUACGACACAACUCAACGAACUAGGACAUCUGUCUCCCCUUGACACGACUGAGGCGAAGGGCACUGAGUGCCCAGCGCUCUAUGGCGAUAUCAAUUUCCGCAACGUCGACUUUGCUUACCCAGAACGUCCCGAUGCCCCCGUUUUGCGCGACUUUACUCUCCGGAUCAAGGACGGAGAGUGCGUUGCCAUCGUGGGCGAGUCGGGCUCUGGCAAGUCGACCGUCGCAUCACUCCUGCAACGGCUAUACGAGCCGCAGGCCGGCAUGAUAUCCAUCGGCUACCACAACAUCCGGCAUGUCGACGUCGACCACCUCCGCCACUACCUUGCCGUCGUGAGCCAGCACCCACAGCUGUGGGAUGCGAGCGUGCGCGACAACAUCACCUACGGCACCGCUCACAUGCCCGAGUUUCAUAUUCUUCGCGCCGCGGAGGCCGCGCGCGCGCAGGAGUUCAUCAUGGAGCUCCCGCAGGGCUACGACACCAUGCUCGGCGAGGACGCGGCGCGCCUGUCGGGCGGGCAGAAGCAGCGGCUGCAGAUCGCGCGAGCCCUUGCGCGGCUUGGGGUGCACGUCGGGCGCGGAGUUCUCGUACUCGAUGAAUGCACUUCUGCGCUAGACGCGGAGAGCCAGCGCGGCGUGCUUGAGGCCAUCGCACGCGCGAAGGAGGGCCGCACGACGGUGAUGAUAACGCACAAGCUCGAGGCAAUGCAGAUGUGCGACCGGAUCGUUCUUCUCAAGGACGGCCAGGUAUGCGAGGAGGGGACGUUUGAGGAGCUGAUGGCCCGCCGCGGAGUGUUUGCGUCGCUCGCGCGAGGCGGUGAGUGGAACUCGGACUGAGUCCAGCCGCGACGAUCCCCCUCCGUGAUGCGUUGUAUCUUUUUUCUUUACCCCUCUUUUCUGGAUUAUCAUUAUGUCCUGUGACAGGUCUAUGGACACUUCCUGCCCUCAUACUUACUUACACUGCACUGUUUGACCGAUUCUCCUCUUGCGACACCUAGGAAUACAUACAUACACAGGUCGGCUGAAAGAUAGAAGUGUACUUUACGACCAUCCAGACUAUUGUAUUACCACACAACGAGUUCGUACGGUAGGCUACCUGUGUUACGAGUCCGUGCAAUGUGAGUGCGUUGCACUGGAUUACGAUGGUGUGCGACCCCCUCAAUCUCCGUCUACCUCAUGAGAGGUACAAGAAAACAGCAAUCGGCAUCGUCGCGGGCAACCUACAGGUCGUGCACACAUACCUCCGCGACUGCAAAGUUCAUAUAUCGC